AUGCCCAUGAUGUACCGCCAGCUGUUUUCUUAUUCGGGGCUACUUCUGCUGUGUGUGAUGUGCUUUGCCAGUACAGCUGUGCACGCUAAGGAAAGUAAACCAAAGGAAAUGCAAACACAAGAGCCUCUCUCUCUUUUGGUGCCGAAUCAAACAUAUGUGAAAACACAAGGUUUAUUUGAUGUAAGGGAAAAUUUUUCCUACCCUUCCCUCGCCAGUGCUGGUGGAGUGUUGGUUGUGCUUGCCGGGUGUGAGAUCGCCUGUGAUAUUUACGAUGUAGAUCCUUGGGUCAUUUGCGCCGAUAUUGUGGCGGGGUACAUUGACUCUGCGGAGAACUGGUCCUCUUUGGCCGAUGACGUCCGACUAAACAAAUGGAGGGCGUACAGCAUCUUUAACACGGUCACGGAACAGGAUAAUAUGUCCUACAUGAUACGCACGUCAAAACCCACAACAAUUGCAAAGGGCAACAAGGUCUUUCUACUUGUGGGAUACUAUAAUAGGAUAUAUGAUCCUUCCUGCGACGGGCCGUUUAAAAUAUCAAAGGAUCUUGUUUUGCUCGUGGGUGAUGCCACGCAAGAUAAAGUCAUCAAAUGGGACCAACCCACCUGGAUUUUGCGACAGAUCGAACCAUUUGCUAAACAACGUGGCCUAAAGGAAUUUGUUGGUGGCGGUGGCUCAGGCAUUGUGAUGGAGGAUGGCACGUUUGUGUUUCCUGUGACGGCGAGGAGGGGAAAACAAGACAUUUUCUCCAUGAUUAUUUAUUCGAAGGACGACGGCAAUAGUUGGGUGCUUCCACAGGGGAUGCUCCCCGUGGGGUGCACUGACCCCCUCAUCGUUGAGUGGGAGCAGGGGCAGCUUCUCAUGAUUGCCAAAUACAAUUCUCUCUCCAAGGUGUUCGAGUCGAGGGACAUGGGGGCAACGUGGACGGAGGCUGUCAGGACAAUCACACGCGUGCAGCCCAUGUUGUUACCAAACUCUUUGCAAACAGCUGAGAGAGUGGGGUCCCUCACCACUGCGACCAUUGCUGGAAAGAAGGUCAUGCUGUACACUCAGAAAGGGAUUCCCCCUGGGCCCACGGUGCAAGCCACCGCACUCUACCUUUGGGUUGUUGACAACAGCCGUACGUUUCAUCUCGGGCCCAUUUCCAUGGACACUGCAGAGGAGGUGACGUCUGGCAACACCUUGCUCUAUUCGAAAAAUGCGUUGCACCUUUUAGAAGAGAGGAACAAUUUCAUGGAAAUCCGCUUCGUUCUUUCCCCCCUAACGCAUGCGCUGAAGACGAUUAAGUCCGUCUUGAAGACUUGGGCAAAAAUGGACUCCUUCCUCUCCAACUCGUCGGUGCCCACGGCCCGUCUGGUUGGGUUCUUGUCGGAUGCAUCGGGUGAUGGGAAUUGGAACGACGCGUACCGUUGCUUGAAUGCAAUUGUGACCAAUGCAACGAAGGCCAGAGAUGGCUUUAAGUUCACAGGGUCCGAAUCAUACGCCAUGUGGCCUGUGAACAUGCGGAAGUAUCACCAUGUGCACGGCUUUGUGGAUUACGAGUUUGCGCUUGUGGCGACGGUGAGGAUUCAUAAGACUCCGAACGAGGGCGUUCCUCUGCUGGGUGCGGCUCUGGAGGACAAGGGAAACACGACGUUUGUGGGGCUGUCGUACACGACGAAGAAACAGUGGGGGACAGUCUUCAACGGCAUCACGACAACACACAACAGCACUUGGGAGCCGGGGAAGGAGUACAAAGUGGCGCUCAUGCUGCGGGGCAAAAGAAGCUCCGUGUACGUGGACGGCGUGCUUGUGGGGAAUACUAACAAACUACCAACCCUUGAGUCACGGGGGCACCAUAUCUCUCAUUUUUACUUUGGUGGCGGCGAAAACAGCAGUGUUACAGUAAAUAACGUCUUUUUGUACAACCGUCCACUGAAUGCCAUUAAACUCAAAGCGGUUGAUGAUUCCUAUGCUUCUGAGCAGCGUGCAGCCGACAGUUCCAAAGCAUCUGGGAAACGUACAGGUAACAGUUCCAGUGCGUCUGAGUAA